UGCAGUUCAACUUAAGCAGCAAGUAUCGUGCCAGUCCAUUCGAGUCCGUUGUACCGAAAGGUUGCAUUCCGAGACCGAAAAGUCAGCCUUCGACGAUCGCUAGUAACUGUAAGUAAAACUUUCGCACUGCCAACAGUUAUUUCUCCAAGGAAGAGUUUCAUCGGAUCACCGGCAGAAAAUUAAUAGAAAUUUCUGAUAGCCAAACCCUUGUUAGCAGCGGUAUCUUAACCUAGUGAAGAUGUCAAGUUCAAUGUGUGGUGUUGAAUUCUAUAGUAACGGUAGCCCCGAUUUCUUUUUGGGACGCACGGCAUCAAAUCCGUACGACGACGUGCGCAUUAAAAACACCGACCGCGUGCUGCAUUGCACGCUCAGCGAGAUCUUCCAUGAGCAAAGGUACAUGAGCAAAGAUCAACUAAAGGAAUUUAUUCGUGGCCCUGCGGAGCCUACCGACGAGGGUUUCAUAUUCAAGCUCAUCUUGGAGCGGGAGCCCGAUCUUGGCAAGCUGCUUUUCAAGAGAAGCCAGAUCUCGCUGCUGUGGAUCGCAGUGUUGUGCGGAUACCAGGAUUCAGCUGAGUUACUCGUGAGAUUCGGCGCCGACGUCAACGAGCUCUACGCAGUGGGUUACAUGCCAGGAAAUUCGUUCGUACUCACAAAAAAAUCGUCCGUACUCCACGCGCUGUUUCGGAUGUUCCCCUCGUCCUGGAACGAGCGGUUCAUCGGUCUAGUAAUAGAACAUGGCGCCGAUUUGAAUGUUCGAGACCAUCUUAAACGCACCGUCCUCCAUUUGGCGGUGGAGUACGGCCGAGUACAGUUGACCGAAAUACUCCUGGCAGAAGGAGCCGAUAUCAAUGCCAUUGACCAGGCUGGGAUGACGCCACUGCUAGAAGCCGCCCGCUCCAAAGAAUUUGACAAACAGUUGCCAUUGCUCAUGAAACACGGAGCCGAUAUUUUAGCCAAAGACAAAUUCGACCAGAAUGCUUUGCACUUCUUGACAUCGGCCCCCGGGGAACACACCGAAAUGGCUGGAGUCUUAAUCGAGAAAGGCGUUUCGCUUGAUGACAGACAUAACGCUAAGAUGUAUCAGCCUAUACACAUGGCCGUCAUGUCCGGAAAAAUUGAAUUGGUGAAGCACUUUUUGAAGCAUGGCGCUGACGUGAACGCACGAGGGCAGAAGGGCGAAACCCCACUGAUGAACGCUGCUCGUUACUGUGAGAAUCCGGCUAUGAUAGUAACUCUGCUCGAACACGGCGCGGACAUCGAUAUGCAAACGUCUCACGGUUCGACCGUAUUAUACGAUCUCGCAGUCAUGAACUUUAUGCGCGACAACGUCGUUGAAAAGAUAAAAAUUCUUAUAUCCGUGGGCGCAGACUUGUUUGCUGCAGCCCGCGACGACUUCGUGGCACCUUUCGAUGUGAUGAGCUUCAAAAGUAUAGAGAACCCAUGCAUCAGACUGGCGCUCAAGUCGCUGGCCUUGAAACAGACUUACAUGCCGCAGCUGUCGAUUGAAUUCAACGAGGAGAAGUUUCCAAUGCUACGGGACUAUUAUCAAGGCUGCAUCAGGGAGAUAAAUAGAAUAAAAACCACGAGGGUCUACAACUGCGGCUCAUUUAUCGAACUCUUGACGAAAUGCCAGUGCCAGGUGGUAUCGCUGAUGCGGCACCGCGAAUUUGUGAUUAAAUUCAGGGUAUUGUACCAACUCGGUACUUUUUCCCUGUACGUAGAAGAGCUACGAGAAGCUUUCGAGCGUGCGGCAUGCUACUACAACUCCGUGCUGGAGCAGGAGUACUUGAUCGACGACGCGAGUUACAAUAUUUUGCCUUACCUAAUAACGAGGAAACUAUCUCGUUAUGCAGUGAGUUGCGACGUUUGUGACCUAAAAAAAACAGUGAAUGCGUCUCGAAGCAUAUCGUUUGGAUGAACAUACACAUGGCUUUGUUUGAGACUUGAAGUUUGGCUAAAUAUUAUUAAAUAAACGGUGAUUAAUUUUAUGUCGAA